ACACGUGCUGUUUGUUUUUAAAUGUUGUAAAGGAAUUUUAUAACUUUAAAAACUAAUAAAAUGGAAAACAAGACGGAUAUUGAGACCGUCUGCAAACACAAACGGAACGAGCAGCUGCCCACCGCAGUGAAGUUCCAGAAUGGAUCACUUGGGGGCACCGGUGUCUUCUGCACCAUGGAGAGCACGACGGACCGGAAGAAGCAAGCUCUCAUCGUGGCCGGCCAGCAGGCGUACACAGGUGACCUGCAGGACAGCCAGCAGUACGAUACCUACGUUUGCCUACGUGACAAGUCCACCAACAAAGUGCAGAUUGUGCCCAUGCAACAGGCGUUACUCUCCAACAACAUUUACCAGCAAAUGGAUCGCCAGAAGCGAAGGAUUCCCAUGUUGAGCAGGGAGCACGCCAACAAGAAACUGCUCAAAGAAUUCGGUGGACGGAAGGCGUCCCGGUUCGUGGACAAUCACGAGAAGAUGUUAGUUAACGUGGAUGUGGUGCGCCAGGACCUGGAUGAAACGGUAAAGUUAUCGGCCCAGCAGGAGGGCGACGAGGACGAUGACACGCUGGCGGAUGUUAGCAUUAGCAACGAGGAGUACUUGGCCACCAUUGUACCAAAGUGCGACAAGGCGGCCACCAACCUGGACCAUGUCUACGAUGUGGAGGAUGUCAUUCCCAGUGCCCUGCUCGAACGCCUGGACGAAGAGGCCAAAGUUGUCUAUUCCACGCCCGCCCAGAGCCUUCCCAUCAAGUCCGAAUACCUCAAGAAUUGCCUGGCCCGGAUUCAGGAGAAGAGCAUAACCUCCAAGCAGGACAUGCUGCACAUCAAGAUAAUCAUAUACAUGGACGCUCUGCAGUCACUGAUUUCCCUGCGUUCUCGACAAAUGCAGAAGGUGGAACUCUCGCGGAUCACGGAAAAGAUUGAGAACGAUAUCCGUCAUCGUUUUGCGGAUCCCAAUGUGGCCAAGCGAGGCACUCGCACCAACUUCAGCACGGAGAAGGCUUUAACACACUUUAUUGUUCUGGCUUUGCUUAUCAGCGAGAAGCACGAAGUGGAUAUCAAUGUCCUCUCCCGCCUACUGGCCACCAGCAAGGAGCGAAUCAAGCAGUACGCCCAUAUCGUCAACGCCCUGCCGAAGUCCCGCUCUGAUACGCUGAGCCUGCGCCUGCCCAGCAAGGUUCCAGCACUGAAAGCGGGACGCCGGUUCCAGCGCAAGAAGUAGGAGCCGAGGUGUAGCGCGCCAAGGACACCCCGCCCCGCCAUCGAUUAAACAAACCCUGGCAGGCGGGUC